CGGCUUGCCUCACCCACCACCACCUUUGCUCCGCCAGCAAGAAAAAUGGCGCCAAACGUCCUCCCCUCGCCGACCACCUUCCCAGCGCUCCGCGCCCUCGCGAUCCUUCUGUUCCUGCACCCUCUCCGUCGCGUCGCCGCUGGACACGACUACUUCGACGCCCUCCACAAGAGCAUACUCUUCUUCGAGGGCCAGCGCUCCGGCAAGCUCCCCCCCGACCAGCGCGUCAGCUGGCGGCGCGACUCCGCUCUCCACGACGGCGUCACCGCCGGUGUGGACCUGACGGGGGGCUACUACGACGCGGGGGACAAUGUGAAGUUCGGGUUCCCGCUGGCCUUCACGACGACGGUGCUGUCAUGGAGCGUGAUAGACUUCGGGCGGACAAUGGGCCCGGAGCUCCGGAACGCCGUGAGGGCGGUGCGGUGGGCGACGGACUACCUGCUGAAGGUGACGGCGGUCCCCGGCGUGGUGUUCGUGCAGGUGGGCGACGCCGUCUCCGACCACAACUGCUGGGAGCGGCCGGAGGACAUGGACACCCUCCGCACGGUAUACCGCAUCGACCGGGCCCACCCCGGCUCCGACGUGGCAGGCGAGACCGCCGCGGCGCUCGCCGCCGCCUCGAUCGUGUUCCGGUCGCGUGACCCGGGCUACUCUCGGUUGCUGCUCGACCGAGCCGUUAGGGUGUUCGCGUUUGCUGACAAGUACCGGGGCGCGUACAGUGGCAGCCUGCGCCGGGCGGUGUGCCCUUUUUACUGCGACGUCAACGGUUACCAGGACGAGCUGCUGUGGGGAGCGGCCUGGCUGCACAAGGCGUCGCGGCGGAGGCUGUACAGGGAGUACAUCAUGCGGAACGAGGUGGUGCUGCACGCCGGCGACACCAUCAACGAGUUCGGUUGGGAUAACAAGCAUGCCGGGAUUAACGUCCUCCUCUCCAAGGAAGUGCUGAUGGGAAGAGCAGAUUACUUCCAGUCGUUCAAGGCCAAUGCAGACGGGUUCAUCUGCUCUGUUUUGCCCGGCAUCUCUCACCCUCAAGUUCAAUACUCUCCCGGGGGGUUGAUAUUCAAGGCGGGAGGGAGCAACAUGCAGCACGUGACGUCACUGUCCUUCUUGCUAUUGGCUUACUCAAACUACUUGAGCCACGCCAACAAAGCCGUCUCCUGCGGCGGCACCUCCGCUUCUCCCGCUCUCCUCCGUCAGCUGGCGAGGCGUCAGGUGGACUACAUUCUUGGGGAUAAUCCGCUGAGCAUGUCGUACAUGGUCGGCUACGGCGCGCGCUACCCGCAGAGGAUCCACCACAGGGCCAGCUCGCUCCCCUCGGUGCGGGCCCACCCGGCCCGCAUCGGGUGCAAGGCGGGCUCCAGCUACUUCCUCAGCCCGGACCCGAAUCCCAACCCGCUGGUCGGGGCCGUGGUCGGCGGGCCCAACGUCACCGACGCCUUCCCGGACUCGAGGCCCUUCUUCCAGGAGUCCGAGCCCACGACUUACAUCAACGCCCCGCUCGUGGGCCUGCUCGGGUACUUCUCGGCCCACUCUUGACUUUACCCUCCUCCACAGGGAAAGGCACAAAAAUCUGAAGUGGUGCGCGAAGGUCACCCUACCAGUGUGGAGAGUUGCAUUUCUGUUC